GCGGCAGCGCAGCUUUCACCCACAAUGAUAUUCAAGGCACUUGCGGAUCGUCUGCAGCGAUAGGAGAAAAGAGGAGAGAAAAAGAGAGCCUCACCUCCUCUAACCGCGAGUGAGAUUCGACAUGUCAUCAUCCGGUAAAGACAACAGCGUUGCCCAACACGCCAAUUACGUGGGACCUUACCGUUUGGAGAAGACGCUUGGAAAAGGACAGACAGGGUUGGUUAAGCUUGGAAUCCACUGUGUAACAUGCCAGAAAGUUGCCAUUAAGAUUGUGAACCGUGAGAAACUCAGCGAGUCAGUACUAAUGAAGGUGGAGCGAGAAAUAGCAAUUCUGAAGCUCAUAGAACACCCGCAUGUUUUAAAGCUACAUGAUGUCUACGAAAAUAAAAAAUACUUGUACCUCGUGCUAGAACACGUGUCUGGUGGUGAACUGUUUGACUACUUGGUGAAGAAAGGCAGGUUAACACCUAAAGAGGCCAGGAAAUUUUUCAGACAAAUCAUGUCUGCCUUGGAUUUUUGCCACAGUCAUUCGAUAUGUCACAGGGAUCUAAAGCCAGAGAACCUCUUGCUAGAUGAAAAGAACAACAUCAGGAUAGCAGACUUUGGCAUGGCCUCUCUUCAGGUUGGAGAUAGUCUGUUGGAAACCAGCUGUGGAUCUCCACACUACGCAUGUCCAGAGGUCAUCAGGGGAGAGAAGUAUGACGGGAGGAAAGCAGACGUUUGGAGCUGUGGGGUCAUUCUUUUUGCUCUGUUGGUGGGUGCCCUGCCGUUUGAUGAUGACAAUUUAAGGAAUCUUUUGGAGAAGGUGAAGCUGGGUGUGUUUCACAUGCCACACUUCAUCCCUCCAGACUGUCAGAACCUUCUGCGUGGCAUGAUUGAAGUGGAUGCCUCCAAAAGACUAACGUUAGAACAGAUCCAGAAGCACACAUGGUACAUAGGGGGUAAAAAUGAGCCAGAGCCAGAGCAGCCUGUACCCAGGAAGGUGACCAUCCGCAGCCUGCCCUCUGCAGAAGACAUCGACCCAGAUGUACUGGACAGCAUGCACUCUUUGGGCUGCUUCAGAGACAAAAACAAAUUACUGAAAGACCUGCUCUCAGAUGAUGACAACCAAGAGAAGAUGAUCUACUUCUUGUUAUUGGACCGGAAGGAGAGGUACCCUAGUCAGGAGGACCAAAAUCUUCCCCCUCGCAAUGAGAUUGAUCCUCCAAGGAAACGAGUGGAUUCUCCCAUGUUGAAUCGUCACGGCAAGAGGAGACCAGAGAGGAAGUCCAUGGAGGUCCUCAGUGUCACAGAUGGAGGUUCGCCUGUACCGGCCAGGAGGGCCAUUGAUAUGACACAGCACGGUCAAAGGUCGCGGUCUAUUAGUGGAGCCUCCUCUGGUCUCUCCACCAGCCCCCUCAGCAGCCCACGGGUCACCCCUCACCCCUCCCCUCGAGGCAGCCCCCUCCCCACCCCAAAGGGCACUCCAGUGCACACUCCAAAGGACAGCCCAGCUGGAACCCCUACUCCAACACCGCCCCCAAGUCCCUCCAUCGGAGGCAUGCCUUGGAGGACGCGCCUCAACUCCAUCAAGAACAGCUUCCUGGGCUCACCCCGUUUCCAUCGCAGGAAACUCCAGGUUCCCACACAAGAGGAGAUGUCCAGCCUCACACCAGAGUCUUCCCCAGAACUUGCCAAAAAAUCCUGGUUUGGUAACUUCAUCAACCUGGAAAAAGAGGAGCAGAUCUUUAUUGUCAUCAGAGACAAGCCUCUCAGCUCCAUUAAGGCGGACAUCGUUCAAGCCUUUCUCUCGAUUCCCAGCCUGAGCCACAGUGUCAUCUCUCAGACCUCUUUUCGAGCGGAGUACAAGUCAACAGCCGGCCCCACAGUCUUCCAGAAGCCGGUGAAAUUUCAAGUGGAUAUCACCUACACAGAGAGCACAGCUGCCACUAAGGAGAAUGGCAUCUACUCUGUAACCUUCACCCUGCUCUCAGGACCCAGCCGGCGCUUUAAACGAGUAGUGGAGACAAUUCAGAGCCAGUUGUUAAGCACACACGAUCAACCUGGGGUCCAACAGCUUUCCGACGAGAAGAAUGGACAGGUGCCCUACCCCCCUGGCACGCCCUCCAAGCACUGCCCCUCACCCUUGCACGUCCGGAGGCAUGAGCCAGAAAAUAAUGACACCAAAUUCCCUGCUGCAGGCCGAGACAGAGCCCACUUGUCGGUGGCAUCUGUGGGGACACAAGAGGAGUCUUAGACCGUGAAGCUGUGUAGCUGAACCCAUCCCAGUAUCACUUUAAGCCAGUGGCACAGAGAAAUAUUCUACCUGUACAUAGCUAGAUAUAUAAAUCAUUUAUGGACAUCUUUUCUAUAAAAAUGACUUUAUAUAGAUAGAAAUAUAUUAAAAGAAUCAAAGUGAUAUUUUACAGACAACAUAUUGCACCUACAUAACAAACACACACCCUUGUCCUUCCACUCCCCUUUCCAUUACCCCUCAGUGUUCACCAUCAUUAACCACCCCUGUACCCUAACCAUCUAAUCACCUGUGGGCCUCUGUUGUUUCUCCCAUGCUGCUGCUAACCUGUGUGAUGACCUGACUUGUUUCUGAUACCAGGAAUUAUCCAGAAAACCUAUUAAAGUCCAUCCUCCUGCUCCCUGCUCCAUUCGCCCUCCCUCGACCACCCCUCCACACCCCUCCAGCGUGCCAAGAUAGACGGACAAUUGUUGACGGAGGACUCUUCUUAUAGAGGUGUGCUGGGGGAGGGGUUACCAUGGAAACAGACCCUUCAUGCAGACUUCUACCUUCAUCUUCCACUGCGCCCCGACUCCACCCUUGGCAGCCAUCAGUAGAAGUAGAUGAAAAUCCUGUAGUGUUCCCCUUCUUAGAAACACACAAGCACACACAUCCCAAUAAAACGAGACCAUUUGCUCCCCUCACCAGCGACCCGACCCCCACCCCCCGUUCUUUGAGCUCAAGGAGCAGUUGCUAAUUGGAAAACAAACAUUACUCAAUAACACUACAGACACCACAUACAGAAAGCAUAUACACGCAUACACGCACAGAUCCAGUAUGCACAGAAAACUCUGGGAUGUAUUAUCAGUGAUGAACAACAUUAAAAAAAAGAAGACAUGCAGAAAUUUGAGGAGGAGGGAAGGGAGAGGAGUUUUGUGGAAAGCCCAAACAGCCGACACGGAUGCUUGCUGGAUUGUAUUUGUUUGCUUUUUAUUAUAAUGUACUUUCUUUGUGAAGAACUGGGUUUGAAAUAAUGACUGACUUUAUUAGACUUAAUACUAUUGCUGCAAAACAGACUGGGAUUGUGUUUUCAGAGAGGAAUCGGGUGCGAGCAGAACAGGGCAG